AUGUCUGGAAAGGGUAAACAAAGUUCCAAGAAGGCAGUUGUCAAAAUGCGAGAAAGUGGGAAGACUGUACAGUCUUCUGCCCUUAACUCAGAUGCAAAUUUAGAGAAUACCGAUGCUACAAAAUCUUUGUCCAUCUUGAAAGUCGCUGACAACAGCCGCCUCCUCCCAAGGUACAGCAGUAUCCUGCAGCGUAAUGUGGAAGAAGGUGUAGGAAUGGAAGAUCUGGAUACAUUGCAGCUAGAAUUAGAAAUGCUUCUCUCCUCGGUGGUCGUGCGACAUCGUAUGCUUCAGGAGGAAAUAGCCAAUUUGUCCUCAGUAGAGGAACGUAGGGACAAAAGAUCCAAGAGUGGGAAAGGUCUCUCCCUCUUGGACAGAAAAGUUAGAGAGGAGAAAUUCAAGCCUAAGGAACUCAACGCUAAAACUCAAUCGCCUCUGCCAUUGAAGCUGUUCAAGCAAAAGGCCAUUACCAGCUCAAACUCUCAAGUCAUUCCAAAUGUACACGAAAUCUCGAGAAUUGAAGGCUCGAAGUCCGAAUCGCCAAAGUUGCUUUUACCAAAAAAUGAUACCCCCAACAAAUUUUGGGCAUCUGUCGAUCCGUAUUGCACGGAUAUUAUGUCAGAUGAUAUUAAACUGCUGGAGGAGUUAAUUUCCACGCACAGUGAUAUCAGCGACUUCAAGAAGGUCCCUCCGUUAGGUCGUCAUUACAGUUUAAUAUGGACUCAUAAUGAUUUGCUGCAGGAGGAAGACGCGGCUAAUCCGAACAGAGACAAAAAGAAGAGUCGCUCGGACAUGUCUCUAUUAGUCGGGAAAAAUGACAAAAAGGCACACAGUAUAGCGGGGCCUCUGACUCAAAGAUUGGUCUCUGCUUUAUUAGAAGAAAAUGUAUAUGUUGCAAAUAACAACACGGAUAACAAAUUGUUUAGAGAUAGCGAUCCUCCUGUCUUGAGGGAUCUCACUAUUCAGAAUUCUAUUAAUUUAGAAUUAAGGAUGCACAAGGAGCUGGUCGAGCAAGGAAUCUUAGAGCCAGAUACACAAAAGAAGACUCAAGAGGACGACGAAAUCCUGACGGAGAUCAAACGUUGUCAGCAGGAGCUUACCGCGCUUUCCAACCACAACGUGACACAGUUGAAGAGGCUGUUGAAUUUAGCCCAGGAAGAAAGCAAGCGGCAAGCGUUGAAGAGAAAAAUUGGUACAGCAGAUAACGAAGUGAUAGAACACUAUAAAAAACUUAUACUAGCGAAACAGAGGAAAAUACCGUUGACGAAGAAGGAACAGGAUAAAGCGUGGUCGUGUCUUCGGGAAAGAGAAAACCUUUUGGACCAGCUGAACAUGUUACCACACAACAACGUAGAACUUAUAGGUUUCGGCCCUACCACGAACUAA